AUGUGUGGUAUCUUCGCGUGUCACCGUCAUCCUGAUGUGCAAAAAUUCAAGCCUACGGCCCUGCGCAUGGCCAAGGCUUUGCGCCAUCGCGGUCCCGACUGGAGUGGAAACUUCAUCUCCGAGAGCCCUCAGGGAACCAUCCUUGCCCAUGAGCGUCUGAGUAUCGUUGGUGUCGACUCCGGCGCCCAGCCCCUGGUCAACGACGAUGGCUCCCUCGCCCUGGCCGUCAACGGCGAGAUCUAUAACCACCGUAUCUUGAGAAAGCAGCUCAAGACCCAAUAUACCUUCAAGACCCACUCGGAUUGCGAAGUGAUCAUCCCUCUGGUAUGUGCGAUGGAGGUUGUGAGGCGCAGGUGGAGAAAUGCAGAACAAAAAGCUGAUGAGCUCUAG